AUGCCAGAGAAUUCGGAAGAUUUUCCUUGGAUUUUCGUCAACAAUGUGGACAAUGCUCUCAGCAACCUGAAAAACUGUGAGGCUUAUAUUGUUGCUGGAAUGCAAAGUGUCACUAAUACUGCCCUGGAUCUUGUGGCAACUCAGACUGAUACAGGUGAUGAUUACAAUAUGGAAAAUUUGAUGUCUGAAUAUGUUGAAAUGGAUCGAAAUCUGAACCAGUAUAUAACAGCAGUUGAAACUACCCUAAAUCAGGUAAAAGAUAAAAAUUACCUCAAUCUAACACCAAAUCUAAAAGCAUUAGUUGAAGAGAAAUUAGUGGCUUUGAAAAGUAGCAACACAGAAGAAGACUUGAAAAAAGAUGAUAGACUUGUGCAGUUUCGCAAACAGCUGAGAGAUGUGAAGAAGCAAUGUGGACUCCCUGUAGACCCAACUGAUGAUGACUCAGAAGAACAAAUAGAUGAAGAUAUGUUUGUGACCCAAAGUCAAACCAACUUCACUUGCCCCAUUACUCAGUUGGAAAUGAAGAAACCAGUGAAAAAUAAAGUAUGUGGACACACCUAUGAAGAGGAAGCCAUUAGAAGAAUCAUUGAAUCGAAACACAAAAGAAAGAAAAAGGCAUGCUGCCCCAAAGUUGGCUGUAGUCAUACAGAUGUAAAGUUGACAGAUCUUGUGCAAGAUGUAGUACUUAGGAGAGCCAUUGAAAACCACAGAAGAACGGCCGACAGUCGGAACAAACAGAGCCACUAGACGAUGCAGAUGUCUACAGUGCGUGUGCUCUCAUAGAAGGGAAAGUCUAUCAGUGUCUACCGAGAUCACUUACUGAUUGUAAGCUGACUGGAACAAGUUGUGUACUGUAUUUCAUUUGCAGGUAAAAUUAAAGAUUUCAAACAUAAUCCAAAGUAUUUCUAAUUGUCAAAUAGCAACAUUCAUUUAAAUUUUUCCCCUUUAAAACUUUGUGUUUGAUAAAUAAAAUUAUUGUAACUUUUUUCUCUA